GCUGCUUUCUCGACCGCGCGUGUGUCGCUCACUGUGAUUGUGGACUGUUCGUACCGGGGACUAUUUGAUACAAGGAGCUGCCGAAUCAAAUAUGGCUCAUUUCAAACUACUGGCGGUGUCCGCACUGCUGCUGCUCUCCAUAGCGUCUGCGACUCCUCGCAAGCACUUCAAGCGUGAUGCGCCUCUGAGUUCUUCAUAUCUACCGCCAUCUUCGGGUGGAGGCCACGGUGGCGGUCAUGGUGGUGGCCACGGGGGUGGACAUGGCGGUGGUCAUGGUGGUGGUCACGGCGGUGGUUUUGGCGGCGGCCACGGAGGCGGUCACGGAGGUGGUCAUGGCGGCGGCCACGGCGGCGGAAGACCUUCCUCUUCCUAUGGUGCCCCGAGACCCUCAAGCAGUUACGGCCCACCGAAACCCUCCUCAAGUUAUGGACCACCGAAAUCAAGCUACGGCCCACCCAAACCAUCAAGCAGUUACGGCGCCCCAGCCCCAUCAAGUUCCUAUGGUGCUCCUGCUCCGUCCAGUUCCUAUGGUGCUCCUGCCCCAUCAAGCUCUUACGGUGCCCCUGCUCCAUCCAGUUCAUAUGGUGCACCAGCUCCCUCCUCAAGCUAUGGCGCUCCAGCCCCAAGACCAUCAUCAAGCUACGGAGCCCCUGCUAAACCACCCGCGACUAGUUACGGUGUCCCUACCGGCCCUUCCACAACAUACGGCGCACCAAAGCCUUCCAAGCCCUCAAGUUCUUACGGAGCUCCUGCCCCAUCUAGCUCAUAUGGUGCUCCAGCCCCAUCCAGUUCUUACGGUGCCCCCGCGCCGUCUAGCUCUUACGGAGCUCCUACUCCUUCCAGCUCGUACGGAGCUCCAUCUUCGGGCAGCUCGUUCGCCUCCGCUUCUUCAAGUUCUUUCGGGUCAGGUUCGUCUUCCUUUGGCUCAGCUUCGUCCAGUUCAUUUGGAUCUUCAGGUCCCUCCAGUUCCUACGGCGCGCCAGCCCCGUCCACUUCUUACGGCACUCCAGUAGCUCCAUCAUCGUCGUACGGCGCUCCAGCGGCUCCGUCUAGCUCGUACGGCACUCCAGCGGCACCUUCUUCCUCGUACGGUGCUCCAUCAGCGGGUGGCGGCAGCUUUAGCAGCAGCAGUUCAUUCAGCAGUAGCAGCAGUGGUUUCGGCGCAAGUGCUUUCGGCAGCAGUGGUCCAUCCUCAAGUUAUGGCGCACCUUCCGCCCCGUCGAGCUCCUACGGACCUCCGUCAUCCAGUUACGGUGCACCAAGUGCCGGUGGAUCUAGCGGCGGAUUUUCUGGUGGAUUCUCAUCUGGUGGAUCUGGGCAUGGUUCGGGCGGAUCGGGUGGAUAUUCUUCUGGAGGAUCUAGCGGCGGUUAUUCUUCAGGCGGAUCGGGUGGUUACUCGUCAGGAGGAUCCGGUGGUUAUUCAUCAGGCGGUGGAUCUGGAGGAUAUUCCGGCGGAUCCGGUUCUGGUGGAUACUCUUCGGGCGGAUCUGGUGGUUACUCAUCAGGUGGAUCAGGUGGAUAUUCAGGUGGAUCAAGCGGUGGACACUCAUCUGGUGGAUCAGGUGGCUACUCAUCUGGUGGAUCAGGUGGCUACUCAUCUGGCGGAUCAGGUGGCUACUCAUCUGGCGGAUCAGGUGGCUACUCAUCUGGUGGAUCAAGCGGUGGUUACUCUUCUGGUGGUUCCGGAGGUCACGGGUCCAGCGGCGGUGUCCCUGCCACCAUCGGCCAGAGCUACUCUUCCAACGGUGGCUAUGUAUACUAGAUAUUAGACCUAGUGCUAAAGUUACUAUAGUCAGAAAUUAGGGUAGUCACGUGACGUCUUAUGGUCAUCCAUAGACAAAGGAAAGAUGUCAUCUUUUGAGUCUAUGACAUGGUUAUGUUUUGAUCACACAAUAGUAGCAUAGUGGGCUGCCAGAAACAAACACAUAAGCAUAUUUUAUAUGAACAUGAUAACACGUCACCGAGCUUCUUGCUUGUUAGUGACUUAUCAGCGCUCAUAUGAAAUUUCGAGAUACAUAUAACUAAUAGCUGUGUGAGACGAAAACUUUAUGAUACUCCAUUAGCGAAGUCGAAUCGGACGCUUUUUAACGUUCAAAUAAACAUGACGUGACUGGACGUCAAGAGGCGAUCGAUCCUCUACGUAGUAUCUAAUACCUAUAAGAUGACACAGUCCAGUGUGAGUGUACAAAAAGUAUUAUAUACUUAAUUUAAUAUUAACGAAUUGUACAAAAUAUAUAAUAAGUAUAAAUGUAAUUGUUUUUAAAUUAAAGGUUUUG